UAUGCAGUUGGAACAUUGCAUCUCGCCAUCAAUCAUGCUCUCCAAGAAAUUUCUUAAUGUGGGCAGUGGCUAUCCCAACACAGACGGAUCGGAGCUCGCAUUGCAGGACCAUCCUAUUAUAGCCUUAAGUGACAACCUGGAUAGAAGUUCACCUCUGAAAAAAAUUUCCAGGGGGAUGACGAAUCAGUUAGAGGCAGACAAUUUUCCUGACUCCAAGGACGCACCAGGGGACGUCCAGAGAAGCAAAGUCUCUCCUGUUCUGGACGGAGUCUCUGAAAUUCGUCACAAUUUCGAUGGAUCUGCUGCAGAAAGGUACCUUCUGUCUCAGUCUAGCCAAGCCCAGCCAGUCUCUGCCUCUCCUACUGCCAUGUUUCCUUACCCAAGUCAACAUGGACCAACGCAUCCAGCUUUUUCUAUUGGGAGUCCGAACCGCUACAUGGCUCAUCACCCGGUAAUAACCAAUGGAGCGUACAACAGUCUCUUGACCAACACCUCUCCACAAGGUUACCCAACCGCGGGUUAUCCUUACGCACAACAGUAUGGACACACUUACCAAGGGGGCGCUUUCUACCAGUUCUCCUCGGCGCAAGCCGGCCUCGUGCCUGGGAAAGCUCAGGUCUAUCUCUGCAACAGGGCUCUGUGGCUAAAGUUUCACAGGCAUCAAACAGAAAUGAUAAUCACCAAACAAGGGAGACGGAUGUUCCCAUUUUUAAGUUUUAAUAUUUCUGGUCUUGAUCCGACGGCACAUUACAAUAUUUUUGUGGACGUAAUUCUGGCUGACCCCAAUCACUGGAGAUUUCAGGGAGGAAAAUGGGUUCCAUGUGGCAAAGCGGACACGAAUGUGACAGGGAAUCGGGUAUACAUGCAUCCAGAUUCUCCGAACACCGGUGCGCACUGGAUGCGCCAAGAAAUAUCCUUUGGAAAACUUAAGCUAACAAAUAACAAAGGAGCAUCUAACAAUACAGGGCAGAUGGUGGUGUUACAGUCACUGCACAAGUACCAACCCAGACUGCACGUAGUUGAAGUGAACGAGGAUGGAACCGAGGAUUCCAGUCAACCUGGCCGAAUUCAGACGUUCACUUUUCCAGAAACACAAUUCAUCGCAGUCACAGCGUACCAAAAUACCGAUAUAACGCAGCUGAAAAUUGACCACAAUCCCUUCGCAAAGGGAUUUCGGGACAACUAUGACACCAUCUACACAGGCUGCGACAUUGACCGGUUGACACCGUCGCCUGGUGACUCGCCUCGCUCUCAGAUCGUGCCUGGUGCGAGAUAUGCCAUGGCUGGUUCUUUCCUGCAGGACCAAUUUGUCAGCACUUAUGCCAAAUCCCGCUUCCACCCUGGCGCCGGGACCGGUCCUGGCACGGACCGCAGCGUCCCACUUAGCAACAGCUUGCUAUCCCCGCAACAAGCCGAAGAGACCGCAGCAGCCUCCCCGCAGCGAUGGUUUGUCACCCCUGCCAACAAUCGACUGGACUUUGCCGCCUCGGCAUACGAUGCCGCUGCCGCGGCUGAUUUUGCCGGUAACGCGGCCACCCUGCUGUCAUACGCAGCUGCUGGAGUCAAGGCGCUUCCACUGCCCACUGCGGGGUGUUCAGGUAGACCUCUGGGUUAUUACGCCGACCCCUCGGGCUGGGGCACGCGCACUCCACCCCAGUAUUGUAGUAAAUCCAGUUCAGUUUUAUCUUGUUGGCCAACAAAUUCCGGUGGGAGCAGGACUGGAACCUCAAAUUACCUGGUGGAUGAGGGGGACACGAUGACAACGGAAAGGUCUCCACUAAGUGCGUCCGAGGAUGCCAAACCUAAAGACCUGUCGGAAUCCAGCUGGAUAGAGACGCCUUCCUCAAUUAAAUCGAUCGAUUCAAGUGAUUCUGGAAUUUUUGAGCAGGCGAAACGGAGGCGAAUAUCACCUUCUGCCACGCCGGUUUCUGAAACUGCGUCUCCGUUGAAAAGCGAAAUGUUAACACCGCGGGAAUGCGAGAAGAAUUGCCCCAAAGACAUUGGCUACUACAGUUUCUACCCACACAGUUAGACAAUGACUCCAUGCGUAAAACGGUGGCCGUUGUCAAGAUUUUUUUUUUUAAAUGGGAAAUUGACAAAUGUUAAAUAUUGUAAAGCGCAGUAGCAUGGUUACAUUGUAUAUUUAUUUUUAUUUCUUAUUUAUAUAUUCGUUUGUAUGUUUGCCUAUUUGCUUACUUUUAAAUUGAUCCAGAGCUUUUCGAACGAGAUCUUAAAUCAACUAUUAUUAUUAUUAUUAUUAUUAUUAUUAUUAUUAUUAUUAUUAGAUCGCCCGACAGAUAAUAGGCUACUUGUUAGGUUUUUUUCUCAUUGCAAAGGCCAAAUUAAAAUAUAAUUUCCUCGAAACCAUCAAAAUGCAUUAAUUUCCCACAAAUGUUUUUCAUUAUUCGAAUGUCAUUGUAAUUAUGGAAAACAAUGCACAGGCAUCUUUAGCUUGUAGUGAUAUUGUGUCAGAUGUAGAAGUAUGUAAAAGUCAUUGAUUGGCAUUUUGAUAUUUCAAAAUCUAUAUUAAAAAACUUUUAUCGCUUUUCUGCAGAUGUAUAGUCACCAGAGUGAUGUGUACCGUUUUCUUGUUUAAAUAAAUGUAAGGAUACGAGGACUAAGGAAACUGUUUAGUAAAUCACAAUUUAGAUCGAAGCGUUAGUUAAAAGUCAAAACGACCUCAUUGAAUAUGUAGCCUCAUUUUAUGUUUGUUUAGAUUUUAGCGGCGUUCAAUUGCUUGGCCUAUAGAAUAUUACUUGUUCUCAGUUGUACAUUAUUUUAUAAAUAUCUUGAAAAUAUCUCCGUAUUUGACCAUUUCAUCCGUCGUGUGAAGAGAACAAAUAUUGUUUUUCGGCUUUAUGGCGUUUUUCGACUUUAGGCUAGUCUGUGUUUCAAAGUGAAUGUUGUGGUUAACAAUGUAUAUGUUGUCAUAGUGCAAACACGAAAUUAAAAAUUCAUAAAACGUA